AUGAUAUUUGAGGCUAGUAUAUCCAGUUUCGAAAGUCACAAUAUUUGGAGAAGGGUUGUGCAGAAUCUAAGUUAUCUGAAUGAGGAUAUUAAGCUCACCAUAACUCACAGAGGCCUAAUAAUAUGGGCCAUGAAUAGCACAGAAACAUCCAUGAGCCAAGCGCAUUUCGCCCGGUCAUUUUUCGACCAGUUUCACUUCAGACCAGAAGAAACGGUAUUUGGUGAAGAUGGACUACAGCAAGUGCAAGAUGGAUCGCUUACUGUACACAAACUAUACUCCUUUAGCGUACAUGGAAAACAUUUAGCAAUUCUGUUCCGUAAACCUGAAAAUGAUAACAUAACACUUCUUCACCUGGCAAUCGAUAACACUACAAACUGUCCAGAAGCCUUAGCCAACCGACUUCAGAUAAAAAUUCACACGGAGAACCUCAUGGUCAAAGAAUAUGCCCCCCACAUCGUUCCACAAAAGUAUGAUCCUAUUGUUAUAGAACUCCGAUAUAAAAGGAGGUUUCUGGAUGUUUACUGUAGCUCGCGUGAAAAUAAUGAGGAGCAGUUGGAUCCACGCUUACUGGAGAUUUUUGGUAAACUCCAGAGAGAGCUGGAGACUUCGUACUUUAACAGUGACUUUUCCUCAACCAGUAAACGCGCCCGAACACUGAGGCCAGAAGACGAGAUCAAUUAUUUAUGUUGCAACCGCCAGCUUUUAAAAAACUUCAUCGAUAGCUGCAGCACAAGUAAUACAGAAGAGGCAAAAUUGGAAGUAUCUAUCGCAAAGCUCAGUCUGACGGCGUUCACGAAGGGAGUUUACACCAAAAAUAAUGAUGUAUUACGGAACGCAAUGCGAGCUACCAAUGUGGUUGCUACGAAUGAUUUAGAACAUUACUGCCUAUUCACUAAUUCUCAAGAUGAACCAACAAAACGGCCGCUAGCUAAGGGGGUAACCUUUGGUAUGAAAGGUCUUAAAAACUUCGUGAAUACCGCUACCAUGUGGAAAGAUGAAAAAGAUGUAAAUAUAUGGUUUUGUCGCCCUGGAGAACCAAUCUUAAUGGAAGUAGAAGGUACAGAUCUUCGUCUCGAGCUGGUGCAGGUAACAGAUAGCUGUGGGACAGCAAGUGUUACCGAUGGAAAGAUCGACAUUGCUAGAAGUAGUCCACUCAAAGAUGCUGCUUCUGUGAAGCUGGCAAGCCCAAGAAAAUCGCCCUUAAAGUACAAAGGUCCGUCAAGGCUUGGGCUCACAAAUAAUGGCACCCCUAGUCCGGUCAAGCCCAAGUCUUUAUUUUCUACAACUGAGGACGAUUCCAUGCAAGAGAAGGUAGCAUGGAAAAACCCAAUUCGUGGAAAAAGGCCUACAACUGAAAAUCCUAUUUAUGAUACCGGCUUUAAUGUUGAUGUAAGAAGCGAUACCUACUCGAAAGCCCAGAGAACGCGCACUACUGUAGCAUGGGGGAAUUCUUCUCUAGAGUUAUUAGAUAAUAAUAACCAGCCAAACUUGGAUCAAAGAGACUUACUCAAGCAGGAAAAGAAGAGGUUUUUGCGAGAUCUGAAACGUCAGGAAGAAUCAAGAAAGCAUGACCAGAGUUCUCUCGAAGACCAGUUUGGACCUACUCAAAAAGACAAACCUAAAGGUCUCUUUGACUAG